ACAACAUGAGUUCUUUAAAACAAAUAAGAAAGACAGAGGAAGAACAGAGCGGGGUGCAGGAGGCAGUGCGAGAUCUCCCUCAUAUCACUCUGAAGCAGGCUGUGAUACAGAUUCUACACAAAUCUUAGGAGAAAAAGAUCUCUCCUUGUCAGAAAAAAGAUUGGCAGACAUGCUCUCCACCCUGAGAACAUCAUUACAGCUAGAUUUUAGAAAAAUAUCGGAAGAAAUACGAAAGGAAGUCCAUGAGUUGGGAACAAGGACAUCCGCUCUGGAAGAAAAAAUGGAUGAGAUCUGCGAGAACAACAACAAAAUGAGGGAAAAAUUUAUUAAAAUGGAAGAGGAUUUUCAAAAACUCCAGGGAAAAAUGGCGGAUAUAGAGGAUAGGUCCAGACGCAAUAAUAUUCGCGUUAGGGGUGUGCCUGAAACAGUCCAGGGGCCAGAUAUACCACCUUAUUUA